AUGAAGUGUAACCAUCUCCUGUCAUGGGCCUUUUUGCUCACGGCCUCUGGCCAACUGCUGGCCCACCCCAUCACAGAAUCUGCGGAGAUGCCUUAUCCAGGACCUGAAUUAGUCGAGGAUGGAGGAGUUCUGGAUGAUCUGUCUCUCUCAGAGCAAACCUUCCCUUCUCGGGAUGGUGCCGGUCUCAGAUAUUCCACUCUGAUGUCUGGGGAGUAUAACAAAGAUGGUGUCAGAGCAGGCCUGCUUCCCAGGGGGAUGAAAAGAGAGGUCCUAUUGGAGAAACAAAGUCUCCUAAAUCCUUUCAGCCAUGUGUUCGGCAUCCGGAAACAGUUCAGGAAGAGAGCAGGGAAUUCAGAGUGUUUCUGGAAGUACUGUGUCUAA